GUACCAACUCCCUUACAGCCUCUCGCAAGCACAUCGGCUAUACGAACCAUGCACAAUGGCCCAUGGCGGACCUUCUUUGUUAGGAAAUUCUAUGCGCGACGGCGACCUGUGCAAUCAGCAUGGUAUCGCGCAACUGCACCUGACCGCUUGCGACUCUGGAGAUAAUGGCAUUGUUCAGGCACUUGAGCUUGCCAGCGGCCUUUUGUGCGCAUCGAUUGUUGCCGUCACCGUCAUGAGGUGACCGCUAGACCUCUAGUGCGUAUGGCUAUCUCACAAACAGUCCGCGUUCGUGGGAAUCUAUAGACACGAAUUACCCAGCCGACCAGCACAUCGCAAUUGGC